GGUCUAGCGUAUGAUUAAUUCCCCCUUGGUAAGUUUUCUGUAAAAGGAGGUAGGAAUUGUAUACCCAGCAAUCCCUGCACCGUCAUCGGCAUGACGAUUCACUGACCAGCAGGUAAAUUGAACUUUCUUUGUAAUGUAUAUUAUUUUAGAAGCUUAGUAAACUUGUAUGACCGUUUUAGUUAUGCAAGGAUGUUUUAACGAUGUUUCGAGUGCAAUCGCUCGACUGUAACUGUGAACGUGCGAGUUGUAAAUGCCAAAAGUUUAUACGUAGCCGAGUGUCGCUAUGUAACGGUAAUUGAGCACUCAGUAACACAACGCCUUGGUUCUUACGGCGCAACAUAUUUUGUCUAGUUAGUAUUUGUGAAAAACAGAAACGCCUAAGCGAGUAUUUGCUUUUACUGUUAGUUAUUAGUAGAGAGUUAUGAGAGAUUAAAUAGCAUUUCAGAAAUGUGUUUGAAUAUUUUUUGUAUUCUUAGAUGCAUACGGAUGUUUUAGACAAAUGCAUGUUACGAGCCCUACAUUCAGUAAAUAUGGGUAUUAUAUGUAGAUCCAAAAUGAAAGGUCCGACGAAGUUAAAUGUUUCACUCUUGGUAAUUAAUGGAGUGGUGAUUACACAACUAGUCAUUCGCUACUAGCUUUAUUCUGUGUCUGUACACUGAAAAUAUUUUGUUCACUGUAAAAAAAUAUAAGAUGCCUAUCAGUUUGUUUGAGUGGGAACCGGUCUAUAAUUAAGUGGCAAUACAGGAACAAUGUAUAGCACUGACAGGUUUAAAUACUCGUGCUGUAAUUGUUACACGUCUAUAUAUGUCCAUGGCCAUAGCAUAUACAGUCAUUAUCAAGUUACCCGUGUGGUUGCGGUCAUAAUAACCCUUCACCAUGGUACAUGACUAUUAAGUUAGUGUUGAUAUAUGGUAUAAGUGUAUUCUAGGACAGUAUAUAGGUACAGGAUAUUUGGGUGUAAGCCUAUGUUAUGUAUGGUAAAUACAUGGAAGGUUUAUAGUAUGUAUUGUUAUUGUCGUUUCAGGUCAGGGUGACCUCCCCUGGUUUUUUUCCUCUCACCGGUGUUUCUCAGAACCGAAUAAACUGUUACAACUGUGUGGCGGAAUUUGGCGUUUUGGUUGAAAUUCUUUCUGCAACAAACAUGGCCGACCUCACACUGGUGUCAGAAGUGGGAUUAGGCAGAAAGAAAACAAACAAAGGCAAAGUUAAGUUCAGUAAGUCAAAAGCUGAGAUACGAGAAAACCAGGGUAGAGGGAAAGACAGAACUGUCCCUAUGGCCAACACGGAAACAGACGAGGUCAGGGAACUGCGCAGGGAGAUGGAACAAUUGCGUGUGACUUUGGCCGCUGCUGUCAAAGAGUCAGGUGCUACACAGACUGCAUUGCCUGAAACUAGACUUGUCCUGCCCCCACCCGUUAAAUUACCAAUUUACAGUGGUAAAGAGGAUCCUGCUUCCUGGAUUGAGCGAGCGAAGCGAACUCUGUCAACACAACAUUUAGAUGGCCAGGAUGGUGUCCAGUUUCUCAAAGACUAUCUUCAAGAAACCGCUGAAGAUGAAAUUCGUCACAGAGACCCCCAGUCGCCAUAUGAUUUGUUUGACAUUCUUAAAAGUGUGUUUGGUCGCCGCGCUUCAAGGCCACAGCAGAUGAGGGAGUUUUAUAACAGAACUCAGUUGGCAACAGAGACAAUUACUCAGUACUCUCAUGCACUUGUGUCAAUGAUGGAAAAAAUGGACCUUGACUCAACCGAAAGUGAAGAACGGCUUAAGGAACAGUUUGUGGAGGGUAUCAGAAACCAGGCCGUUCAGAGAUUCUUAAAGCGACGUACACGCGAUAAUCGUCAUCUUGGGUUCUUGGAACUGAGGCAACUUGCUUUGGAGGAAUGUGAAGAAUCACAGACUGGUAAAGUGCAUAUUAAGGAAGUGUCUGCUGAACAGGACUCGGUAAAAGUUGAUGAAACCCCCACAUGGGGAAGAGAGUUAAUUGAUUUGACCAAACAAAUGUUGAAAAUCCAUGCUAAUAUGUUUCAGUCGCAAACCCAAAACGGUACCAAGUGGCCAUGUUAA